AUGUCAUCGUCUUCUUCCUCUUCCUCGCCUUCCUCUUCCUUCGAGUCGGAAAUGGAGGAGCUCCGACGGUUAGAAAAUGCUCCACCGUUCUGGAAGAAUCCUAAGGCAAAGAGAUUAUCAAAGCAGCUCUCCAUGUUAGAAACUCCUCGUGAUAUUGCAUGGGAGAAGCGGCGCCGUCAGAUUUUCAUGCAAGAGCGGAAGAAAAACGGUAUAAACGACUCUGGAGACUUGACAGACGAGGAUUUGAGCGAGCUAAAAGGGUGCAUAGAACUCGGGUUCGGGUUCAAUGAAGAACAAGGACAAAAGCUGUGCAACACAUUGCCUGCCCUUGACCUUUAUUUUGCGGUGAACCGCAAUUUUUCAAUGAGCCCGAUAUCGAGUCCAAACAGUACCGAGUCUGCACCCGCUCUUGGCGGCCGGUCUACGUCGUUUGGGAGCGACUCCGCUGAUUCAUGGAAGAUUUGCAGUCCUGGUUAG